AUGUGUCUAGGUUCAAACACAGAGUGGACACAAUCCCAACUACUUCAUUCCAUUCCAAGAAAACCGAAGCGCGCGAGGGUUCGCGUUCUUCGUUUAUCAAGCAGAAGGGCCCGACGGGAAGAAAAAGUCGACACCGAUAUGGAGCUCAAGAACUUGAAGCUGUACAUGGAGAACAUAAGCAUCAUAGAAGAAAACGAAAGAUUGAGGAGGCAAGCGACUCUCCUUCGACAAGAGAAUCUUGCUUUGAUGUCUGAGUAUCAAAGAAGAUUUUCCAAGAAUAACUCUUAA